GCCUCUGCCCCCGCAGGGGGAUGGCGGCGGUGCGGGGCUACUGGAGCAGCCUGCAUCCGCUGCAGAAGGUCGCCGUGCUGCUGGGGCUCCCGGCCGGCACCACCGUGCUCUACAUCCUGUACCGCCGGUACCGGGAGAGCCGAGAGGAGCAUGAGACCUUCGUAGGGGACGAGGAGCUGGAAAUGGAGAUGCGGGUGCCCAGCGCCGCCCUCAAGGCCAUCAUCGGCCGGAAGGGAGCCACCAUCCGGAAGCUGCGGCAGGAGACGGGAGCUCGCAUCGAAGUGGAGGAAGAGGAGGAGGGCGAGGAGGCGGCGCUGCGCAUCUCAGGCUCGCCGGUCCAAGUGUGCCGGAUGAAAGCCGCCGUGCACCAGAUCGUGGCGGAGAGCACGCCGGUGGCAGAGCGGCUCUACGUGCCGCGGAGAGCCGUCGGCAGGAUUAUUGGUUGUGGAGGGGAGACGGUGCGGGGCAUCUGCCGCAGCUCGGGGGCACGGGUGCUUUGUGAGCGGGAGGCCGACACCAGCCUCUGCCCCAUGAGGGGCAUCCAGCUCUCGGGGACGCGGAAGGAGGUGGAGGCCGCUAAGAAACUCAUCCUGGAGAAGCUGAUGGAAGACAAUGCGCUCCGGAUGGAGCUGGCGCAGGCGGCGGUGGCGCGGUGCCAGCGCAAGGCACUGCUGGGCAGCCGCCGGGAGCUGGAGCCGCUGCCCAAUGGGGCACCAGAGCACAGGGAGGAGCAGGAGGGCUUGCCCUGGGGUGAAGAUUUGCUCAGCUUGAUGCCCUCUGAGGAGGUGGUGGAGCAGGAGGCUGAGAGCGAGGAGCUGGAGGAGCCCAGUGUCCCCAUGCCCAAAUUUGAGGUUCCCAGCCCUGAUUUUGCCUUCGAUGCCGACGAACACCUCGAGGUUUACGUCUCAGCCGCCGAAAGCCCCGACCGGUUCUGGAUGCAGCUGGUGGGGCAGCGCAGUCUGCAGCUGGACAAGCUGAUGGCCAAGAUGCGCCUGUACUACCAGCACCACAGCACCACGGCAGUGCUCUCCGAUGUGCAGCCCGGUGACAUCGUGGCCGCUCCUUUUGCCGCUGAUGGCAACUGGUACCGCGCGCGUGUGGUGGGCCUGCAGGACAACGGCAACCUGGGCCUGCACUACGCGGACUUCGGGGACAGCGGCGAGGCCCCUCGCCAGGCACUGUGUGCCCUGCGGAGCGACUUCCUGAGCCUGCCAUUCCAGGCUGUGGAGUGCGGCCUGGCUGGUGUUGUGCCUGCUGGUGCCGAUUGGGAGCCGGCGGCACUCGACGCCUUCGCAGAGCUCUCGCACUGUGCCAUGUGGGAGCCGCUGCUCGCCCGCAUCGUCAGCUACGGUCCAACAGCGCCGUGCCCGCGGCCCCGCGUCCAGCUCUUUGCCAUGCACGGCGGUGUGAGCCUGGAUGUAGGCACCGAGCUGGUGCGGUUGGGCCAUGCCAUGCCCCAGCUCUGCCAUGGAGAGGAGGAGGAGGAACAGCAGCAAGCCCCGGUGCCACCGGUGAGCGCCAGCGGAGCUGCGGAGCCCGAGGAGCCCAAACCUGCUCCCGUCCCCCCGUGCCCUGCGCAGGGGAUGGCAGCGUGACGCUGAGAGCUCCCGGUGCCGCUGUGCUGGCACAGCCGUUACCGGUCGCGUUCUCCCUGGUCCCCG